GGCUCCUCCCUCCCUUGUCAGUCCAGAGUCUAUAUAACACAUUACGAUGUCAACAGAAUUUCAAUCUCGUCAUUGCGAGAGACUUGUGUCAAAUAGUCACGGUAUUCACUUCCGCUGUGUUUUUUUUUCUCUUGGUGAUUUGCUGCAUCUAGCAUUCUCAAGACAGAAACCAUGCUCCUGAAACACGAAUUCAGAUUCCAUGAGACCGAACUGGAAUGGAUGGACUGCCUUCCUGUGGUCGCAACUCUAGUAACGGGUCGUCAUGUGAUCAUAGACUACAUGACAGAGCAACAGCUCACAGAGACCUACUGUAUGAUCCAGGAGGCGGCCCAACAUGGCGAUGGGUACGGAAUCGACGAAUUCGACUCCGAAAAAGACUUCCGUCAUGAAAUCGAGGGCAGCGAUUGUUUUGCUAUCGUUAGUAAAGACAGUGGCGAACUCCUCGCCGGGUUGAUUCUGGCUGUGAGCAAGUUCUACCGAGGAAUGAGCGGAGUAUGUGACCCGUUCAUCAUCGUAAAACGCACAGAGCGAAAACAAAAACUCGGCGAGUUCUGCAUGAGGAAAGCCAUCGAGUUCUCAAAGAAGCUCGGAUACAUGGGAAUGUACGUGGAUACCUUCUCCAAUAACGUAGCCGUGCAGAGAAUCAUCGAGAAGAUAGGUGGUUUCCAAAGGGUGGGUUUCCUUCCAUUGGGAGGUCGCCUGCAGACCGGACAGCUAGUGGGCUCUGUUAUUUACUACCGGGACCUGUCUCCGGAAAAACCGAAAAAACCGGAAGAUACGUGAACUUUGACCUGUGUAUAGAAACAUUCAUCUGAUGCCCCAAUAUCAGAUAACUUUACUAUCAUGCCAAAAUGAGCUUACCGUUGUCACCAUCAAGUGUUUAAGCUUACAAAAUGACAAUGCGCGACAGUAGUGCUCCACAAAUUGAGAUGUAUUUUGAAGAACUAUAUAAAUGUACAUACGCAUGUAGAUCUCCGCGACAUUGUCUCGUGUACAUAGUAUGCACAGUGACUUCAUUGUCCUAUGAACAUUUUGCGAUAAAGACGAGACUUUUACACUCAUUCUAUUGCAACACUUGGUUGUGACUGUUGUUGAAAUUUAUACAAUUGUUAUAAGUUUUGUACAUAUUAAAAGCAGCACAUCAAAAUUUU